AUGUGUGACAAGAGUUUUGCAUACAAAAGCAGUGUGGUGCUUCAUCAGAGGGUCCACAGUGGGCAGAAGCCAUAUAAAUGUUCCAUGUGUGACAAGAGUUUUGUACGUAAGACUGACAUGGUGAGACAUCAGUAUAUACAUAGUGGGCAAAAACUAUAUAAAUGUACCAUGUGUGACAUGAGUUUUGCGUGCAAAAGCAGUAUGGUGCUUCAUCAGUGGCACCACACUGGGCAGAAGCCAUAUAAAUGUACCAUGUGUGACAAGAGUUUUGCAACGAAGCAAAACUUGAUUACACAUCGCUAUACCCACAGUGGGCAGAAGCCAUAUCAGUGUUCCAUGUGUGACAAGAGUUUUGUACAUAAGAGUCACAUGGAGCGGCAUCAGUAUAGCCAUACAGGGCAAAAACCAUAUAAAUGUACUAUAUGUGACAAGAGUUUUGCAUACAAAGGCAAUAUGGUGAUUCAUCAGAGGCUCCAUAGUGGGCAGAAGGCAUAUAAAUGUUCCCUGUGUGACAAGAGUUUUGCAACAAAGCAAAACUUGAUGACACAUCGCUAUACCCACAGUGGGCAGAAGCCAUAUAAAUGCACCAUGUGUGACAAGAGUUUUGUGACGAAGAGUAAACUGGUAUUUCAUCAAAAGAUGCACUGUGGGCAGAAACCAUUUAAUGCACCAUGUGUGACAAGACUUUUACGAAGAAGAAUUACUUAG